ACGAGUGUGCAUUUGAUGCGCUAUGAAAUAGAGCACACUUCGGAUUAUAGACAGAACAAAUUGAGGGUAUCUAUCCUGUCUCGUAGUCUGCAUGAUUCGUCCCCACCUGAUAACCCAUGUAAGUAGUACGCCAACGAUCGAUAACCCCUAGCGGGAGACAGUAGUCGGGCUCGCCGACUUUGACGCUUGUCCGUGGCAUGCAUAUUACUCGAUUUUAACCUGACUAACCUCGUUCUCGCGGACUUAAGGAGGCGUUGUUGUUCCUGUCUUGGUGAGCUCGUAGUGUGAGUAGAGCACGCGCAGCGCGCAUUGUAAAGAUGUCUCUGGUUACUGAAGAGAAGAUAAUGUUCUCCAGCCUUGUUGGGUGCUAAAUAAUCCACUCUAGUUUCUUGCCGACGAGCAGGAAGUCGCCGUCAUUUUCGUUUGAACCUCCACGACAUAUGUGAUGGGAAAGGUGGAAGCUGUCGAGCAACGAUUAACCCUUCUCGGUACACGAUGAAAGCUCGGCGGUGUACAGUGGGCUGCUGAAGAAAAAGAAGAGAAGUAUAUUUUGGCAACAGACUACCAUCAAAUGGUGUCAACUAGCUAGAUGACACAACUUACUCUGACACAUGAUGGUUUGCUUCUGUGCUCGUGCUGCUGAUAAUAAACCUGGACGAGUCCGAAGGCUGACCUCAAAUCCCAAUGUCUCUGGGCUAUAACACGGAUUGUUCUUUUUGCAAUGUUAUAGUCUACACGCUCACAUGAAAGUAGGAUUAAUAGAUCUCUCUUCGAGUAUUCCGUGGCUCCGAUGUCGUUCCACGAUGCUUGCAUUUCUCUACGCACUCAUCACAUCAGAGCUGGUUGUUUACAAGUUAGCUGGUCUACAAAUAGAAUCAAAAUACCAAGUGGAUCUCAUCGAAGGUCUGCGGGUUUUCAACACCACCUAUCGUGGACUGACAGUUGCUGAAGGGUUUAACAAAUUAUCCCCUGCAAUACGGCUUUCGGGAGAUUCGAGGCAGCUUGUUUUACCAGUAGAAGUGUACAGUAAAGCAGCCAAUCUUCUGUAUUAUAGUAACGAAUUUACGUUUGCAGUGACUUUAAGGCAAGAAGAAAGAAAUACGGGCACAAUUCUAUCAUUUUCUGAAGGGAAUAACAGGUUUCUCGAAGUGCAAACAAGCGGAAGAAAGGACGAAGUUCGGUUUCAUUACACCUGCAAAGAUAUGCUGUAUGUGGAAACAUUCCCUUAUCGCUUGGCAGACAACACCUGGCAUCAGUUAGCCCUUACUGUCAGUGGAAACAACAUAGAAAUUUACGUGGACUGCAGCAAAAUCUAUACUCGAGUACUUAAAGAAAUAGAACAUAAUUUCACUGGAAGAAACGUUUCUCUGUGGUUAGGACAGAGAACUCCUCGACAUUUCCUGUUUAAGGGAUUUUUGCAGGAUGUCAAAAUAAUUGGAAGAUCCCAUGGAUAUAUUCAACAGUGCCCUCAACUCAACACAGGUUGUCCAACAUGUGGACAGUUUCAUGAGUUGCGACUGUCAGUGGUUCACUUGGAGAAUCGACUCAGGGAAUUAACAAACAGAUUGGUAGAAGCAGAGGAACGUCUCACUGUAGUGGAAGAAUGUGAGUGUCGCAAGAAUUGUCAGAUAAAUGGAUCUAUUCAUCCUGAUGGUGCCUCAUGGAAAGAAGCCUGUGAUAUUUGUUCCUGUUUG